AUGACAAAUUAUUCGAAUUUUAACCGUAAUUUUGAAGAUACAUUGAAUAAAAUUUUAGCCGAUUUGGAUAAUCAUGAUUUUAUACAGUCAGCUCCAAUUCAUUCGAAUAUACAAUUGAAUAUUCCAAUUCAAAAUCCAAGUUUUACUAAUUUGAAGAUUAAAAUUGACCAUUUCUUUGAAAAAUAUCCGACAAUUGUUAAUGAUAUAAUGAAUUACUUUUACGAUGAUUUUAUGAUGUAUGCUGUCAAACGAACAUUUGAUCCAUCAUUUACUAGUUAUGAGAUCACUCGAACAAAUGAAUUAUUUAAUAGUUUUUUCAUUAAACAAGAAAAAAAUAUCAAAAUUAUCUUUGAUCAUUUUUUUGAUAAUGUUAAACCACUUAUCUUGAAAAAAAAAUUUUCACAUUCAAGAUCGUUAUAUCAAUUGAUCAAUUCAGUUCCACAAUUUGUAGUACGUGAAGCAUUUAUAAAUUAUUUGAAAAAAUCAGGAACAUCAAUUUUAACAUCAUUUAUGUAUCCAAAUCAGUCGAAUUCAGUUCAAGAUCAAGAUAAUAGUUCGUCUAUACGAUCAUCAUCAUCAAAACAUUCGUUUUCAUACGAAUAUAGAUGUUUUCUAUUAUUAGUCUUUUUUCUCUUACUAUUUAUUAUAUUUGGUUUCAAAAUGUUUCAUUUAAUAUUCUAUUAUUUCAUAGGACUAAUAUGUACUCUAUUUGCUUUAUAUAUCGUUGUGGAUUUCUAA